CUGCCCAAGCCCGUCGAAGUAGCAGGCGGGAAGCGAAUGACAAUACCCAUGUAACAUCCGCCAACCUUCAAGCGGUUACUGUCGUUGAAAAAGUUUUUUUUUUAUUGGAGGGGUAGGAUAACCCCCUCCACCCUCUGCGUUGAUGAUGAUGAUGAUGACGGUAGUUGUGAACCCAGGAUGUGUCUGUCCGUUUCCGGUGCUGCUUUGUCCUCCUCCCAGCAGCGGAAAGCGUCGUUGACGUUAGAUGCAGGCUGACUGAAGUGGAUGGUCGGUGGUUUAUCGCAACAGUUUUCGCUUCCGCGUGUCAAACGCCAAAUCACGCCGCAAGACCCCUUUCUUGUACAAAGUAGUCACUCAGCUUACGGCCGGAGGCUGAGGUUGUCUCGACAUCCUUGUCGCGAUGCAAUCUUUGCUGAACCGAAAGUGUACUAACAGCAAGCAAGAGUGAUAAUGUGGAUCUAGACACGAUAAAUGUAUUCUAACAGGUGGUUUUUCAACUCUUCCCGUAUUUGCAAUUUAAUUUAAAAAAGGGAAGAAAUCUAGGAAUACAACAUUUUAAAAAAGGAAGAAAAGAGUGUUGAAGACGGAGCACGGAUUUCUAUGUGGUCUUGGCCAUUGAUUGUGUGCACGCGUCAUCGAACACAUGCUCGAUAUUCGCUUUCAUCACUUCCAGUUGGAAAUAGAAGAGAGAGUGUGUGUGGCCGCCAGCUGACCCACUGGGCCAGUGUGACACCCAGUAAUCUGUGUCGUAGCCGGCGGUGUCACCAGCAGCAGCCUCUUUGCCUUUAAUCCUGUUUUCUUUAGAGCUUUCUCCAACCUGAAGCGUGCAUUACUCUUGAGCUUUCACAGAGAGCAACUUCUUUCUCCUAGUUGUUUACUGAGAAGAUACCGGAGAUUGGUGCGUUAAUGCAACAAUUUUGUGCAUCAGUGUGUGUUUUAUUUUCCUUAAUUUGGACCGCUUAUUUUAUCUAGUGAGUUUCUUUGAAUGACACCCAGCAGCAUAUCUUCAGCAGCAGAGGUUACUGCAAAUACCUGAUGAAAAUGAUUAUGCCUGGUGGUGCUCUUCCGUGGUAGCAUUCUGAUGGUGAUGAGCAGAGACUGAAACGAACGCCGUUUGUGUUAAGCAUCAGCAUAAAAAUCAUUUUCCAAUGGCAAAACGGUGUACCAGGAUCAGGAAUUAAAUUGUAACUGUCAGCGGAAGAUGAUGAUAGAUGAUGAGCAAGCCAGAUCCCAAAGCAAAGGAAAUCUCCAUUGGGAGAAAGAAAUUCAACAUGGAUCCAAAGAAGGGGAUUGAGUACCUGAUAAACAAUGGACUGGUUCAGAACACCCCAGAAGAUGUAGCUCGCUUUCUUUUCCAAGGAGAAGGUCUCAACAAGACAGCUAUAGGGGACUACCUUGGAGAAAAGAAUGAUUUCAACAUGGCAGUGUUGAAGGCAUUUGUUAACCUUCAUGAGUUCUCGGACAUGAUUCUCGUGCAAGCACUCAGGCAAUUUUUGUGGAGCUUCCGACUUCCUGGAGAGGCACAAAAAAUUGAUCGAAUGAUGGAGUGUUUUGCUGCCCGUUACUGUGAGCUUAAUCCAGGGGUCUUUACUAAGACAGACACUUGCUACAUACUCUCCUUCGCUAUAAUAAUGCUGAACACCAGCCUUCAUAAUCCCAGUGUCAAGGAUAAGCCCACCGUGGAGCGUUUUAUUCAAAUGAAUCGUGGCAUCAAUGAUGGUGGCAACUUACCAGAGGAACUUUUGACGAGUCUGUAUGAAAGUAUCAAGAAAGAGCCAUUCAAGAUUCCUGAAGAUGAUGGCAAUGAUUUAAUGCACACAUUCUUCAAUCCAGUCAAGGAAGGAUGGCUCACAAAACAAGGAGCAUCUAGGUUCAGAGGGCGCUAUAAAAAUUGGAAACGCAGGUGGUUCAUCCUCAAUGACAACUGCCUGUAUUAUUUCCAGUACACAACUGAUAAAGAACCCAAAGGAAUCAUUCCUCUGGAGAACAUUCAGGUACGUGAACUGCUUCCAGAAAGCACCAAUCGACAAAACUGCUUUGAGCUCUUUUCUGUCGCUGGUAAUGAGGUCAUCAAGGCUUGCAAAGUUGAUUCUGAUGGGAAGGUUGUUGAAGGAAGGCACAAUGUAUAUCGCAUGUCUGCUGCCAGUCCAGAGGAAAAGGAUGAGUGGAUACGCUGUGUGAAGGCCAGCAUUAAUGACAAUCCAUUCUAUGAUAUGCUCGCUGCUCGUCGCAAAAAUGCAACGGGUAAUGCUGCCAGACCGAACUAAACAGAAGCUUGAUUUUAUGUUUCUGCUAUGCCAGAAAUAAAUCUUUUAGUCUCCUGUAAGACUUUUAAGCCUUCUCUUAAUUAUGUGUUAUCAGUGUAAAAACUGAGUAUUUUCAUCAUGGUACAUGAAUUUUUCAGAAGAAAAAUGUGUGUGUUUGUGUUUGGGGGGGGGUUGAGAUGGGGUGUAUAUAGGUGCAUACCUGUGUGUGUGUGUGCAACGCAUUUGUUCAUGUGUGAAGUGUAAGAGAAAGAAUGUUGGGGAUGUAUGAGAAAAGAUUAAAUGCCUGAAAAGCAGUUGCAGAAAACAAGCUGCACACGUCCAUCCACGUGGCCAUUUAAUAACAUGCUUGUGUGUGAACAUUUAUAUUUGUGAGGCCAGUCCAGAAUGAAAGAAUUGUUUUUAAUUGAAUCUUUGAAACAAAAAAAAUAUGGCGUGCAUUAAGCUAACCACUUUGACCAAAUGUACAGAUUGUUUGGUGUUAUGUGUAUUUCUUUCUCACUUUUUUAAAAAUCUCUGAAGUGAAAAUAUUUCAGUUUCACAUUUUGAUAAAAUUUUGUUUUGUGGUUGUUAAUUUACCCAGAUAGGACCAUUUGUUAACAUUAAAGAAUGUUAGUAAAGUUCUGAUACAACAAACUAACCUGCUGACUUAGGCAAUAAAUUUCAAAAUUUAUAAAACACAACUGUGAUGAAUGUGUUUUUGUUUUUUUCUGCCAAUGUUAUGUGAUUGAAGGAUUUGUUGCUGUAUCAAAAGCUUGAUUAAUGUCACAUGAUGUGAAUACUGUUUCCUUUUUAUCACCCUGUGGUGAAGGAAAUUAUACGGAUUUCUCUUUAGACUUUUGCUGCUGUUACACCUCAUUCUGUGCAGUCCUGUGAUUCAUACAGCAGACAUUGUUUGGUAUUGAUGUAAGUGAACAUAUUUGAAGGCUUUAUAUGGCUUAGUUGCCGUUGUGCAUGUUCUGACUAAAUGUACAUUAACUUUGCACCUCAAUGGGCUUGUAGAUAUAGGGGUCAUUGUGUACAUGCACAUGUGCAGAAAUCUAUUUUUUUAAAUAUGUCUAUUUGAACUUGUAACUAAAAUUAAGAAUUUACAGGAGCAGAUAAGCAUAUGGAGAAGUAUGGGUUGGCUGUUAACAAUAGAACAGCACAGAAAGUGAAACUAAAUAUUUUUAUUUUCUUUGUGAAAUCAAAGACAUGUUAGUGAAUGAAAGAAGGUAUUUAGAGAUUCUGCAGUUAGUUUUACUUGAAAUAAUGAUCAAAGCUUACAAAAAGUCCACUUGAAUAGGUAGGCAUUUGACUCAAAAGAGGGUGAAAAACACAAGUGUAUUAGCUUCACCGUUUUAACUGGUGGUCAUGAAAUAACCUGUGACUGUGUGACAUGGCAUCAUGUUUACUUUGUCCUCACAUGCCUUGCUUCUCUUAAAUUUUGUCUGAGCACCUCAAGGACAUUGGUGCCAUUAUUUUGUUUGGGUCAGAUUUGCGUCUAACAUGACAUGCUAGUCUCUUUACCAGCUAUGAUUUCUUAAAAAAACUGACAAAUAUUCAGCUUUGCUUUUUGAGAUAAGUUAAAUUGUAUUUUAAAAUGUUAUUGGCCUACAAUCUUUGCUUGGCUUGAAGUUAUUAAGAUUGGCAGGAGGGGGGGGGGGAAUUUGUAUUUACUGAAUUGCGUCUUUCUAAACGAAAAUUUUCACAUACCUUCCAGGAAUUUUCCAUCAGAAGUGUUGCUACAAGGUCACAUUUCCUAAUCUGUUCGGAAGGGGAUGAUGCAUGUAGGGGUCAUAAGAACAAAAUAUGUCAUUGAGUUUAUUUCUGGUCUGUUGUGGCAUGCACAGCUCAAAUAAACAAAUAAACAUGAGAGACUGUAAGAUUACAACAGGCUACAAGUUGUGAGAACCACAUCUUACAGUAAAGCAUCUUGGGAUAAUUUCUUUCUCUUUGAUAUCCACCACUUGGUUCUGUGCAUAUGUAUUUAGAGUCAACACAAUUCUUUUCUGUCUUUUGAUGUGAUGAGGAGUGGGAGUUCAUGUCCCAAGUAUGUGCUGUUUAAGAUAUUUCUCAGGGUUAUAUGAAGGGUAAAUCUGCAGCAUUUGCGAUACAUAGGUGAGGUUGGGAUGAGUGUGUGUGUGUGUGCAAAGAAAUCCAGGAACAGUAUCCAAAAUGUAAUGCAAAGGUAGUAGAAGCACAACUGAUUGACAAAGUAUGUCUUGGUUAAAUGAGAGUGCAGUUGGAUAUAACAUAAAUGUAUUAUUGUACAUCUGCCAAAAGGCUCAAAUGUUGCUGUGAAAAUUUGGUUGGGAUGCUGAGAUGCAAGUGAUGGCAAAGGUGGACUUACGAAAGUUGUCUUUGUACUUCUUGUGAAUCAGUUUUAAAAUUAUUUUGUCCUGCAUCCUUUAACCCUUAGAGCACGAUGAGGGGAGUCGGUUUUGAUUACUUGCAAAGUUCAACCUUUCUCAUUUCCAAAAAAUGCAUAGGUUUCUUGGUCUAAUGUUUACCUGAGAUCAGCAAUAAUUGAAAAAAAAAAAACAAAUUUCGCUCACUGUCUUCAGUUAUUAUCCAGUCUUUGCAAUACUUAAACUUUUAUGUCGUGCUCAGAGGGUUAACUGUCUCAUGAACAUCCCAGUUAAAUGUAAAUUUGUGUGCAUGGCUGUUGUCGUAAUGAAUGUUGGGCAAAGGUUUGUCAAUGAAUAUUAGUGUGAUUAGUAUGAACACACUCUGAAUAUUUUUUCCUAUUGUACAUUUUGCAUUAUUUGAUGUUAUAUUUCUGUAAUCUUUGUUAAAAUUUCAUCUCUAUUAAAAAAAUGUAUUGUCACUUAUACAUAGAUUAUAUUUUGGUUUGUGUUUGUAAUCUCAUAGUUCUAAGUAUUGUGUCAUUUGGUGUGAUGCGAGGCUUUAAAUGUUUUCUGUAAAAGAACUUACAAAGUAAACCAAAAAGAGAGUCAGUGUUGUAGAAAAUUGAAAAGUUUGGGUAUUUAACUCUAAAUUCAUAGGAGUCAAUAUUCUGUACAGAGUUUGCUUAAACAGUCCUAACAUGGGUAACUAAGUCAUUUGCUUUUGGUGUCCAUGUAGACAAGUAUUGCUAAGCUUAACCCUUUUGUUUGAUUAGCGUAGAAUUGACAUUUAUGAUAUUUAUUUAGGCAAGUAUUAGAGAGGGCCCUGAAUAAUUUUAAGAUUAGUUUUUACCAUUUGAAGUUGGACAUUAAAGAUGUGAUUUGUUAUUAUUAUUGCACGCUUUUAUUUAACUCGCUGUGUGUGUUUAUCUGUCCACAUGGAAUUUUGUAAUCGAUUUUUAUCCACUUUCCAUUGUCCUAGAGGUCUGAAAUUUUUACCAGUUACUCAUUUCCGGUGACAGCACAAUAUUAAAUCAUUUUCAGUAGUUCAACAAUAUUUUUUUUUCUCUUCAAGGUAAAAUUUGAAUGUAACUGUGCAUACUUAAUUCCACUUGGCAUGCAAUAGUACCUUUUCUUUGAUGAUCGCAUUUUUCAAAAGUGAAUUGAAAAAAAUUAAAUAAAAAUUAAAAGCUUAAAAAAUAGAAUGUAAAAAAACUUUUACAAACUUUAUUUGAACUGUACUACACAGGGCAAAAUAAUUACUUUCCUUGAAUCUUGGGAAUUUUUGUCAUAUAAAAGAAAAAAGUGUGAGUGGUACUCAUAGAAACAGUUGAUUAUAAAAUUUCUUUUAAUCUUGCAGUCAUUUUUCUCUACUUAUCAGAUAUCAAAGCAUCUUUUCAAAAGUUUCUUUUGUGAAAGGCAGUUGGAGUGAGGUUGUAGAAAACUAAUUAAAAAAAAAAAAAUCAGACCUUUUAAUGUAGUGAAAAUGUUGGAUGAGAUUUACCGUUCCUAGUCAAUAUUUGUAAAGAAAGUGAAUAAUAGUCAUAUAUGUGACACCAUCUGGGUCUGGAGUGCCUACUGGUGUUCUGUAAAUAUGCUUUGUAGUUAAAUCAUAUGUAUAUUUACAAUACAGAUGUCAACUGAGCACCUCAAGUUUGAUGAUCUUCAGCUUCAAGUUUCUUUCGACCACAGAGAGGUUUACUCUGGAUAAACCAGUUCUCUUAAUUAAACAUAGUCUGAGUGUAUUGUAUUUACAUGGAUGAAGGUGUAUGUUCCGCAGUUUGGUGGACUUGCAAUCAUGGACUUGUGAAACGUCAGAACAGACACUAUAUUGAUUCGAGAGGUGCAUUUUCAGUAAUGUGAUGGCAACAGACAACAUAUUACACUGAUUGGCUGUUCUGUGGUUUUACUUCCUAGAAAAAUUUCUAAAUUUGGUGCAUUGGCAUUGUUCUGAUGUCUGGAUUUGUAAGUUGUAGUCAUAUCAGUCUACGGAGGUAAAUGUUUCACUUAGUGAAUAUUUUCUGUAUGUGCCAACUAAUCACUUCCUGGUUUAUCAAGGAGAAAAAGAGACUCUUCAUUAAGUUAAUAUAUUUUUGUUUUGAAAAUGAAAAAUGUGCCCUGCAUGUAAGUAGAGAGGAGAGUGAGCACUGCUCACACUAAAUACAUUUCUCAGUGAAUUUUUCUCCCACUUGUCAAUUUGAUUUUGAAAUGCAUUCAGAGUGGUUUAUCAAGUGUGUUUGAAACCUUGCAUGUGCAUGCUUGACAAUGUAAUGAGGUGUUCACGGCAAAUAUUCAGCUUCACUCAAGCUUCCAAUGUUUUUUCCUCUGAUGCACAUUAGGUACAUGUAAACCAGUUUUAUGUAAUUGGUUUGCUAGAAUCUUUUCUUUUUACACAGAGACCCUCGUUUUGUAAAGAAAUAGAACUAUGUGAUAAUUGUAUUAGUGGGUGUGUUAAUGGGAUUGUGCAUUAAAUCUUUAUUUACUUAUUAAUGGUAGUAAAUUAGUAAUGAUUGUGUAGGCUAAUUAUAUUAUGUUCAGACAGGCACUCUUUGAAGUAUUAAAAGUCAUUUUGAUCCAUCAUUACAAAUGUGUACAAAGCAGAAAGUUUUGUUUCUAUUGGAUACUUAAUACCAGAUACUUGAGGAUGCCUGUUGUAUGCCAUGUGAUUGAUAUACCUGGAAAAGAUGUUACUUGAUGAUAGUGUUAGGGAUGCUUUUUCACUUCGAAUUGGCAGAUCUGACAAAGGACUACUGCAGGUCAUAAUACAUUUUAAUCAUGAAGACUGCAUCAUGUUUGCAAACAUGAGAUAAGAAUGACAUGAUAGAAGAAUAAAACACUUAGGUAUUAUCCUGUUGAACAAUCUUUGUCCAUGUAGACUGUAGAGCAAGUCACUUGAUCAAGAGGCAUGCAGCUGCAACAUCCAUCAAUCAUUUGAAACAUCACAAGAUCAUUCAUUCGUUUUCCUGUGUAUUUAUUUACAUGAUGAUGUUGCAUAAAUUAUUUGUAAACAGAUUUUUAAAUAUUUGUUUGAAGUUUUCUUCUUCAUGCAUCAAGUAAUGGAAACAAAAUAUCCUUUCAGAGAUUAGGAAGUCUUUCACAACAUUGUCAAUCAGAAAUACAAACAUGCUGAGUUGGAUACAGCAGAAGUUUUUGACCCAAUUAAUCUAGAAUUUUUUGGGGAAAAAUCGUAGCAUAAUUAAUGGUUCAUUACAGUUUUGGGGGUUUCUUCGAUAUUAAAAGACUGGUUAACUAUGAAUUUAACACAUGGAAGGGAGAAGUAUUUGGAUAAUCAGUUUUCAAGGCAAGCGAUGAGAGGUCAACGCAAAAGCUACAGUUGUAGAAAAUACAUUUUUAAAGUUUCAUGAGGUGCCUGCUUCUAAAAAUUCAAUGCUUAUGACCCGUUUUUUAGCAGCACCUAUGUCUGGUUCAUGAAGAUUACCAUCUCAAUUGUUUAUUUCAGCUAAAGCAGGCACCUUUAUAAACUUGUGUCUUCUGUACUGACCUAAACUACUGUUGCCCUUGAUUCAGAUUUUUAUCAACCUAUCUUGCAGGCAUUCAAUGUGAAGACAUUUUCCAUAAAUAUGUCGCCUUUCUUUUGGUCCUUCAUGCAUUUCUGAUAAUUUUGUUCAGUCCUGUCUACAUGCCUUUUAUUUUAUCUUGAGCUUAAUUAACGAUAAGCAAAUAAAUAGUGCAAGGAGAAUUAGGAAGAAUAAGAUGGCUGUAUUUUAUGAAAGGGGUAAAAAGACUUAUGCCAUUAAGAUAUGGGAACCAAAUAUAUGGUGGAAGGAAAAGAAGUGGGUUGGAUACAUCUUGUAAGCCAGUUUUUAUUACAAGGAACUUGUUUGACAGACUUAAAUCAUCACAUUUAGUAGUAUGCAGUUGAAUCGACCUAAAUAUUCAAUGGCUUAUGCUCCUUUUGUAAUCCAGUUAUGAAAUGGGAGACGCACCAAGAAUAACCUUCAUUGCACAGUUGUUUCACACAACAGCAAAUCCACCUUCA